ACACACAUUAUUAAUGCGCGCCUUUUUCCUAAACGCGCUUACUUCCAUCACACGCAGUGCCCCUAGGGUUAUAUAUACAUUGUGUAUCUCCCUAUCAUUUCCAACAAUUUCGCACAAUUUGAGUCAUCAGUGCUCUGAGUUGUAGUUAUUUUCUGUGUAUAUAUCCACACUUUUCAUUUGCAGGAUGUCUGAGGAGCAUCACCAUCACCUGUUUCACCACAAGAAAGAGGAGGUUAGCGCCGAUGCAGACAACAGCGCUUAUGUAGAGCAAACGACGGUCGACUAUGGCCGUGAAGAGGAGUACGAGAAGGCCAAGAAGGAGGAAAAACACCACAAGCAUAUGGAACAUGUCGGCGAACUUGGCACCACCGCUGCUGGAGCGUUUGCACUGUAUGAGAAGCACCAAUCAAAGAAAGAUCCAGAGCAUGCUCACAGGCACAAGAUAGAGGAGGAGAUCGCUGCAGCUGCUGCUGUGGGCAGUGGUGGAUUUGUAUUCCAUGAACACCAUGAGAAGAAGGAAGACAAGAAAGAAGAAGAGGAAGCCAGUGGCAAGAAGCAUCACCAUCUCUUCUGAUUUCCAGUGCUCACAAUAAAUCUAUUACAGAAAAUAGAUAUUUGUUUGUUUAAGUGUGGGACCAUAUAUAUUUAAUGUAUUCUGUAUUUAUGUAAGUGCUGUGUGCUGUUUUGGAGAUAUAAUUAUUAAUAAAAUGGGAUCGCUUGACAGAAGCUUUUUAUAUU